AGAAAUGGAGGAUGACUGAUGUUCUGUUGGGCCAGACCCUUCUCCGGUAUCUCUGGCUCCUGUCAAGGCCAAAGAGUAUUGCAGCUCUUUACCUAAGUAUAAAGAAAAUAAGGCGAAAUAUACUACAAAAGUCAAGCAUAAUGUUAAACGAAUCGAGAGAAUGCUGCAUGCACUUGACUUGAAGACAGAUAAAUUUGAGAAAAAUCGAAGCGAUGGCCCUAAAAGUUCAUUCCUGAAUUUGUUUCAUGCAAAUCAGGAGAAGUCAGGGAUGGUUUAUGUCAAUCUCAAGACUUAUGAGGAUGCUAAAAGUAGCCGUAAUUCUUUGAAAAGCCGGAUGAAAAAGCAGGCCAAUAAUGAAUACAACGAGUUCCAAGGCGAUGAGAAGGUGGCUAUGUAUUCUACCAAUGACUUUCCCAGGGUUAAAAUUGAACUAGACAAGAAUAUAAAGAUAACUUUGUCCCAGAAGAGCUCUUAUUUGCCUCAGCCUAAGCAUAAAAGUGCAUCAAAGCAGAAUAAUGCAGCUGCCAGAUCUGGAAGGAUCAGGAGGCAUUACUCCCAAGAGGAUAGGGUCACCCAGCUAAGCAACAAGGAGAAGUACUUGAAGAACAAAGAGAUUAAUGACAAGUAUUCGUACAAGGUAGAGGAGACUUCUACUUACAAAAAGCUCAAGAAGUUCUUGCUGGCUGACCAGAGCAAAGUUCAUCAAUUCGCAAUGCAUGAACAAAAUAUGAGGAACUUUGAAAACCAGAUGAACCCGGGCUACAAGGGGUUCAUCCGUUCAAAGCCUUUUGAUAAGUACAAAUUAAGUGAGGACCCCCUGCCUAUGUCUCUGGACGAUUACGCAAAGAAGAAGAAGACUAAGGCCAAAGGCAAGAAUAGCAAAAAGAGAAGGCAAAAGGAUAAGUCGAGCAAGGUAAUUCAACAGAACUUCUCGAUCGCUCAGAACCAUACUUUUGGCAAGAUUACCAAGAGGGUUGAUAAUUUUAUGAGAAACUCAAGAAUGAAUCAGAAGAAAGAGAAGUUCCAGAUGUCUGUUGACAAGCCAAGAAGAUCUUACUUUGCCUCUAACUACGAUGAUUUUCACCGUACUAUAUCUUCUAAGCUAGAUAACGGUAAAAAGAGCAUGCAGAGUACAAUGCAGAGGCCUGCUUCAUCCAAUUUUUAUAGUUCAAAGUCAGAUAGGAUCUAUAACUCUGCAUUGAGGUCUAAGCUGAAUAAGUUCCAGAACUCGAGUACUGUCUCAAAGAGGGACUCGAAGACUAGGAACAAAUAUAGGGUGUCUCUAAGACCUUUCACUGCUAAGAUGCAUUCGAGGGGAUCCGUUAACAGUAAAUCCAAGUGUUAAGUUACUGAGUAGAAGGCCUCUGCUUCUUAAUCAGAGGCUCUGAGCUGAUAGAUUCUGCCAGCAUUUCAGCAGGCCAUAAAGUUCUUCUAAGUUUGGGAUUAAGCUCAAUGGUUUCAAUCUG